AUGUUCUCGAAGUCUUUCGUCGCCUUUGUCUUCGCCGGCGUCCUCGCCAACGCUCUCCCGGCUGUCCCCACUUCCCCGGAAGUUAAAGGCGUUGCAGUAAACGAGCGAUCGCUCAAUGGCAACACGUUCCAAACGAGAGACUUUGAUAGCCGCACUGAUGCUUCGGUGGGAAGCCCGCCCUUGGCCGUGCCUGAUGUGUCUGUCGUCCCACAGGCAGCCAACUCUGUCUUCAACGAUCACACGAAGAAGAGUCACACUGGCAAGGACAAAAUGAACAAGACCCGGGAUAUCCCCACUGGACCAAUUUUGGAGAAGAAGGACACUGCGGCCACAGCUGAGAAGCAGGCUGGCGGUUACUUCCCUGGAGGCUACGGCGGAGGCUACGGAGGUUACAAACGUGAAGAGGCUGCCACCGCUGAGAAGCAAGCAGAGCAAGCCAGCAACUAUGGCUACGGUGGCUACGGAGGAUAUGUUGGAGGCUAUGGCGGUGGAUACGGCGGCUACAGAGGCUUCGGCCGCUACAAACGCGAGGAGGCUGCUACUCAAGCUGAACAAUUCGGCGGCUUCUACGGCGGUUACGGUCGAGGAUAUGGCCGGGUUCGCUACGGUGGCUACAAGCGCGAGGAAGCUGCCACCGCUGAAACGCAAGCCGAGCAAGCCAGCAACUACGGAUACGGUGGAUACGGACUAUACAGAGGAUACAGAGGGUACGGAGGGUACGGCGGCGGCUAUGGCGGAUACAAGCGCGAGGAAGAGCUCACCAAGCGCGGGGAGGCUGCUACUCAAGCUGAACAAUUCGGCGGUUUCUACGGUGGAUACGGCCGCGGAUACGGUCGAGGCCGCUACGGCGGCUAUAAGCGCGAAGAAGCUGCCACCGCUGAAACGCAAGCCGAGCAAGCCAGCAACUACGGAUACGGUGGAUACGGACUAUACAGAGGAUACAGAGGGUACGGAGGGUACGGCGGCGGCUAUGGCGGAUACAAGCGCGAGGAAGAGCUCACCAAGCGCGGGGAGGCUGCUACUCAAGCUGAACAAUUCGGCGGUUUCUACGGUGGAUACGGCCGCGGAUACGGUCGAGGCCGCUACGGCGGCUAUAAGCGCGAAGAAGCUGCCACUGCUGAGACGCAAGCUGAGCAGGCCAGCAACUACGGCUACGGAGGAGGAUACGGCGGCGGCUAUGGAUACGGCGGCUACGGCGGCUACGGGCACGGGGGCGGCUAUGGAGGCUACAAGCGCGAAGAAGCUGCCACUGCUGAGACGCAAGCUGAGCAAGCCAGCAACUACGGCUACGGAGGAGGAUACGGCGGCGGCCAUGGAUACGGCGGCUACGGGGGCUACGGCUACGGGGGCAGAUUUGGCGGAUACAAGCGCGAGGCCGAGCCCACCAAGGAGAAGCGCGAGGAAGCUGCCACUGCUGAGACCCAGGCUGAACAAUUUGGCGGUUAUGGCGGUUACGGCUAUGGUCGAGGAUACAGAUACGGCGGCUAUGGAGGCUACAAGCGCGAGGAAGCUGCCACUGCUGAGACUCAGGCUGAACAAUUUGGCGGUUACGGCGGUUACGGCUAUGGUCGAGGAUACAGAUAUGGCGGCUAUGGAGGCUACAAGCGCGAGGAAGCUGCCACUGCCGACACUCAAGCUGAACAAUUCGGCGGAUACGGCCUCGGUCGAGGAUUCGGUCGUGGCCGCUACGGGGGCUACGGAGGCUACAAGCGUGACGCCGACGAGACUCAGAAUGCUCAAGACGCCGACGCAGCUGAUGUCGAGACAGUCGCCGAAUCAGAAACCCACACUCCAGAAACCCGAUCAACACCUUCCAUCGCUGACUUGGACUGA